AUGCAAUUAUUUAUGCGCAAGAGGACACAAAUUUGUCAAGGACAACCGGGACGAGUGCACGGUCAACCUUGUAGUCUGUGGACAUUUGAGUUGAGGAAAACACAGCGUAAAAUACAAGUGACCGCGUUCGAGAUAGGACGUGAUGCGUUUGUUUUUAUAAGUUUAACCAAGAUGAUAAGGUUUUUGGUAUUUAUCGCGGUUCUGUCGCUGGCCGGAUGCCAGGACAAGUCCGGGGACUUAGACGCGGUCAUCAAACAGAUUUUCGGGGAUCCCCCUACGCCUAAUAAUCCCACUGCUUCAACGCCAAAUCUUAAACCGUCGACCCUAGUACCACCAGUGCAGCCUCAGGACACAGACAAGCAGACCCCCUGCACUACAGACGAUGGAAAGUCUGGUGAAUGCGUUCGUUAUUAUCUGUGCAACACAAAUAACUCCAUCAUCACAGAUGGUGUAGGAAUUAUUGAUAUUCGAGUCCAAGACGGUCCUUGUCCGUCGUAUCUGGAUGUUUGCUGUUCGACACCAGACACGAGACCACCAGACAACCCUAUCACUCCACCACCGCCUACGGAACCUAAGCGCGAAGGUUGCGGUUGGCGUAACCCAGAUGGUGUUGGUUUCCGCAUCACAGGCGACAAAGAUGGCGAAGCUAAAUUCGGGGAAUUCCCCUGGAUGGUCGCUAUACUCAAGAUAGAACCAGUCAACAGCGACGAUCCCAACGGACGCAAGCUGAACGUGUACGUGGGUGGUGGGUCCUUGAUCCACCCAUCCGUGGUCCUAACAGCGGCCCACUAUGUCGCAACAUCUAAGCAGUUCGCGGUUCGAGUUGGGGAAUGGGACACCCAGACCACGAAGGAGAUCUAUCCGUACCAGGACAGAAAUGUCGCGGAAAUCGCCGUCCACAAAGACUUCAAUAAAAACAACCUAUUCUACGAUAUUGCUCUGCUACUGUUGUCGUCUCCAGUGGAUUUAGCCCCGAAUGUGGGCGUGGUCUGUCUCCCACCACCACGCGAGAGGGCUAUCGCAGGAACCCAGUGUUUCGCUUCAGGCUGGGGCAAAGACAAGUUCAGUAAAGAGGGGCGAUACCAGGUCAUAUUGAAGAAGUUGGAAGUGCCAGUAGUGGACCGGCGUCAAUGUCAGGCUGCGUUGCGUAAGACGCGUUUGGGCAAUUUCUUUGAACUGCACACAUCAUUCAUGUGCGCAGGCGGCGAACCUGGAAAAGACACGUGUAAGGGAGACGGGGGUUCCCCGCUUGUAUGCCCAGUACCGUACGAAAAGGACCGUUUCGUGCAGAAUGGAAUAGUCGCAUGGGGGAUCGGAUGUGGCCAAGAUGGGACACCCGGAGUCUACGUGGAUGUUGGAAACCUGAGGGAGUGGAUCGACAACCAGGUGAAAGAUGACAUCUUCGAUCAGCCUGUGAACAUGAUGUCCGCUAAAAAAAUACCACACGAAAAGGUCGGUGCUGAAGAGAAAUCUACAACUGAAGCUGAUCCCUGGGCGCCGUUUGACUUCUCCAAGUUUGAUGAAAUCCUCGCGAAGGCAGCAGACAAUACAGACAACAACCGAGUCAAGAGAAGAGCCAAGAACACGAGGCGUUUUAACACACUCAGCGGUCCCGCCGUCCGCGAACGCCCCAACCACUACAUCUACCCGGAACCGGUGAAAGACCGUAUCUUGGAGUUCACCACAUCCACCAAGAAGCCGGGGAUCCUGCCUGAAACCAUGAACCCUGGUGUCAUCUUUCGCGUACGAAUGUCAGACGCGAUAUUGCGCAUCAAACAGCGCAUGUACGAAGACCCAGAACGGCACAUAGAGGCAGAUAUAAUAUACACGAACCUCAUCAAGAAGGUGGUGAUGGAUGAGAUUACGAAGUUCCACAACCUGCUGCUAAUGUAUAAAACGGAUAAGAGCAUCAAGGAGCAUUUGGGGGAGUGUGGGGGGAGGAUCUACAAGUUCAUAAGCUAUAUGACGAUAAAGGUUCACAUUUACUGCCUGUUUGAUGCUCUAUGGAUCGAUGGGAAUCCUUAUGUCAUUGGCGAUGAAUACUCUGUGAGUCCUGUGGAAGUACCACCGAUGUUACAGUGUGACGCGGCGGAGUGCAACUCUGUGGUGUUUGUCGAUUCUAUCACUGAGCCUAAAGAUUAUAUCAAUGCUACGACAACUGAUGUACCGAUAGCCCGUCGGGCCCCAGGUUGGGAUACACAACAGGCGAAAAGGAAGAAGAAGAGGAAGAGGCUGCCAAAACCAAAUUAUGAUACCUACGAACCACCUGCUAAGGAAUACGAGUCCACCUUCGUGGAAAUGCCAAAAGACCUGUACCAGGCUCAUCUGAGACCUGGAGUCAUCUUCAGGAUUCACAUGUCCGAAGCUAUCCUGAAGAUGCAGUACAGAAAUUACGGCGAAGACAAGGACGAAUCCGUGAUCGAAGCCGACGUGGAGUACUUGAGGUUGACGAGGAAGGUCAUCAACGACGAGAUCACCAAAUUCGAAGACCUCAAGUGGCUGAUCGGAUGGUUCAACAACCGAUCAGAGCUUAUACAAGAACACGUUUGCAACACACGUUACUACGCAGUUGGUAUACCACCAACAAUGUUUACACACUCUGAAGAAUAUAUGAAGCGGAUGUGUCUCUUCGACAACGUGUAUAUAGACCACAUCCCCUAUGUCAUAGGGGAGGAUGGGUCGCUGCUUGCCAGUGUGGCUCCACCGGUGCUGCAUUGUGACGCAGCUACAUGUACAUCUGUGCCGUUUAUUGACAGUGUUAUGUUCGACGAGCGUUUCGCUCGAAGCAAUGUGAGGACGGUGACUCGUUGCCAAGCAAGCUGCAGAGGCCACUGUCGCAACGACCCAGAUUGUCUCAAACGCUGUUCUGACCGAUGCAUGCGCGCUGAGUAA